AUGGCGCCGCGAAAAUUUGCAAGCUUCGUGGUGGCCGUCAGUGGCCCUGUGCCUGGCUACAAACAAGAUUUGGCUGCGUCCCAGUUGCCCAAGUGUAAGAUUGUCUCGGUUGAUUGGCUUUUGGCCUCGUCUCAGAAGAAGAAUGCGAUCGCGGAGAAGCCUCAUCUCUUGGACACGGUCGCAACAACUGAUGCAGGUGUCGCGGACGAUGAGAGUAAGCAGAAUGCAAAGCGAUCCACUCGAAAAGCUCUUGUGAAAUCACAGGACAAGGAUCCCGUUGCCGUUGACGGCAAUCUCAAAGCAGAUGAAGAUGACGAGGUGACUGCAAAGAAGGCAAUCAAGUCCGAAGCGCUAGCUAAAUCGGCGAAGAAGCGCAAGAUCAAGGAAGAGGACGACGAUGCACAAGGAAUCACCUCUAGCAAAAAGCAAAAAGUGGCCCCACAGGCAGCCCCAAAAGCACCUCCAAAGUGCUUGGUGACUCCCGUGGACUCAAAGUUCCUGCUAGAGGAGUCCAAGUUCAAGUAUCCUCAAGUCUACAUUGAUUCCUCGGACGUCAUCUGGGAUGCCACGUUGAAUCAGACAAAUGCGGGUGCGAAUAACAACAAAUUCUACGCCAUCCAGCUCAUUCAUUCCCCCAGGACUGAUAACUAUAUUACUUAG